AUGAUAAGGAAAUUUUUAAAGAGCUAUAUUUUCAUUUUAUCAACCUUAUUUUUUUUGUAUAAGAGUAACCUAGGGCUUUGCUCAGCAGAUAACAAUCAGGGGAAUGAAAAUUACCUAAACAGAACUAUAAACAUUUUGAAUGCAGGAAAGAGCAUAGCUAAGCGAUAUGGUCAUAGCCAAUUAAAGCCAAUACAUAUCUUGACAGCUUUGGCAAAGAGCGACUAUGGUUCAAAUUUACUCAAGGAGAAUAAUGUGAAUGCCAGUAAUUUGAAGGAAUACAUAGACUCAGCUUUGGAGCAAACUAGAGUUGGAGCGCCUCUGGACAAUAAAGUUAGGAUCACAUACUCGGACGAAGUAAAGGAGGUUCUAGCAGAAGCAGAAGCAUUGGCAAGCAAAUAUAAAAGUCAGAAGGUAGAUGUAGAGCAUCUGCUAAUUGGUUUGAUGACAGAUGAACUUGUAAACGAGAUUCUAAAUGAGGUGUAUUUAACAGAUGAAGCUGUAAAAGGAGUGUUAAAAAGUAAGUUAGAAAAAACAAAGAAAGAUAAAGAUGGGAAAUUAGGAAAUUUAUAUAUAGAACAAUUUGGUUCAAAUUUAAAUGAAAAGGUAAGAAAUGGAAAAUUAAAUGGUAUAUAUGGAAGAGAUGAAGAAAUAAGGGCUGUGAUAGAAUCAUUAUUAAGAUAUAAUAAGAAUAGUCCAGUUUUAGUUGGUCAUCCAGGUACAGGUAAAACUACUAUAGUAGAAGGUCUUGUGUAUAGAAUAGAAAAAGGGGAUGUACCAAAGGAGUUAUUAGGAUAUACAGUUAUUAGUUUAAAUUUUAGAAAAUUUACAUCCGGAACAUCAUAUAGAGGAGAAUUUGAAUCAAGAAUGAAAAAUAUUAUAAAAGAAUUAAAAAAUAAAAAGAAUAAAAUUAUCUUAUUUGUUGAUGAAAUACAUUUAUUACUAGGUGCAGGUAAAGCAGAAGGAGGUGCUGAUGCAGCUAAUUUAUUAAAACCUGUUUUAUCAAAGGGAGAAAUUAAAUUAAUUGGAGCAACGACUAUAGCUGAAUAUAGAAAAUUUAUUGAAAGCUGUUCAGCAUUUGAACGAAGAUUUGAAAAAGUUUUAGUUGAACCACCUUCUGUUGAAAAUACAAUCAAAAUUUUAAGAUCAUUAAAAAGUAAAUAUGAAAGCUUUUAUAAUAUUCGUAUUACAGAUAAAGCAUUAGUUGCUGCUGUAAAGGUGUCUGAUCGUUUUGUUAAAGACAGAUAUUUACCAGAUAAAGCUAUUGACUUAUUAAAUAAAGCUUGUUCCUUUUUACAAGUACAGUUGUCAGGUAAGCCAAGAAUUAUAGAUGUAACUGAAAGAGAAAUAGAAAGAUUAUCCUACGAAAUUAGUACAUUAGAAAUGGAUGUUGAUAAGGUAUCAAAAAGAAAAUAUAAUAAACUAAUUAAAGAUUUUGAAGAGAAAAAAGAAUCAUUAAAAAAAUAUUAUGAAGAAUAUGUCAUAUCUGGAGAAAGGUUAAAGAGAAAAAAAGAAAUCGAAAAAAAAUUAAAUGAAUUAAAAGAAUUAGUACAGAAUUAUAUAUAUGCAAAUAAAGAACCACCUAUAGAAUUACAGAAUAGCUUAAAAGAAGCACAAGAAAAAUAUAUGGAAGUAUAUAAAGAAACAUUAGCUUAUAUUGAGGCAAAAACACAUAAUGCUAUGAAUGUUGAUGCUUUGUAUCAAGAACAUGUUUCUUAUAUCUAUUUAAGAGAUUCUGGUAUGCCCCUUGGUUCCUUGUCCUUUGAAUCAUCAAAAGGUGCUUUAAAAUUAUAUAAUAGUUUAUCUAAAUCUAUUAUAGGUAAUGAAGAUAUUAUUAAAUCGUUAAGUGAUGCAGUUGUUAAAGCAGCAACAGGUAUGAAGGAUCCAGAAAAACCAAUAGGUACCUUUCUAUUCUUAGGACCUACUGGUGUGGGUAAAACAGAAUUAGCCAAAACUUUAGCAGUUGAAUUAUUUAGUUCUAAGGAUAAUUUAAUUCGUGUGAAUAUGUCUGAAUUUACUGAAGCACAUUCUGUUUCUAAAAUUACUGGUAGUCCACCAGGAUAUGUAGGGUUUAGUGAUUCUGGUCAGUUAACCGAAGCAGUUAGAGAAAGACCACAUUCAGUUGUUCUUUUUGAUGAAUUAGAAAAAGCUCAUGCUGAUGUUUUUAAAGUUCUUUUACAAAUUUUAGGAGAUGGUUAUAUUAAUGAUAAUCAUAGAAGAAAUAUUGAUUUUUCAAACACCAUUAUUAUUAUGACAUCUAACUUAGGUGCAGAAUUAUUUAAAAAGAAAUUAUUCUUUGAUGCAGAUAAUUCAGAUACACCGGAAUAUAAAAGAGUUUUUGAAGAUCUUAGAAUUCAACUAAUUAAAAAAUGUAAAAAAGUGUUUAAACCAGAAUUCGUUAACAGAAUUGACAAAAUUGGUAUUUUUGAACCAUUAAAUAAAAAGAAUUUACAUCAAAUUGUUAAGUUAAGAUUUAAAAAAUUAGAAAAACGUUUAGAAGAAAAAAAUAUACGUAUUUCUGUAUCAGAAAAAGCUAUUGACUAUAUUAUUGACCAGUCCUAUGAUCCAGAAUUAGGAGCAAGACCAACUCUUAUAUUUAUUGAAAGUGUUAUUAUGACGAAAUUUGCAAUAAUGUACUUAAAGAAAGAGUUAGUUGAUGAUAUGGAUGUACAUGUUGACUACAACAAAGCGGCCGACAAUUUGGUUAUAAAUCUUUCAAUGACAUAA